UAUAAUAGAUCACAGGGAAGCCAGUCACACCCGGCGCGCGCAAAGCUUCGUUCCGUGCAUGCGGUUCAUCGACACAACCGAACACCGAACAUCAGGUUCCCAGUCACUAUUUUAGUGAAAGCAGCUGCUGCACGAUUCACAAAACCCGUAAUCAGCGAAUUUGUUCAGGAUUCGCACAGCUGAGAUCUACACGUGCUGUCGAAGGGAUCAAAAGUUCAAUUGGAUUUGAAGCGCUGAUUAGGUUGAUGCCCUAGCGGCGUAGAUACCCGGCGCAGCGUACCGAAGCAAACCAGAACAUUGGAAAGAUAUCCUACAAAAACUAGUUUGACCAACAAGUAAUCAAAAAGAAAAAAAAUCCCACCAAAGACAUCAUGAAGAUUCUAUUAGCAGUAAUUUUUGUCUUAAACCUGACAAAUCUCGCCGUGCCAAAACAUCUAAUUACAUCAAGCCCAUCCCUCACGGAGAGCAAACCGGUUGGGCGAAGACCAACAUACGAAGAGUACAAACAGCAACGGGAAAGUUUUUUGCAAACGGAAGAUCAUCACCUUCUCGGGGCCAAUGUGACUUUGACCGAGAAUGAACAACUUGUAAAUAAGUUUAUCAUGCAAAUGAAGCUGGAUGAAAUGGAAAAGGGCUUCAACGAUAGCUACAAUUUUAUACCGGCCAGGCAUAUCUUCGAAGUGCUGGAUCGAUUUGGGAAAUCCAAAGUGUUCAAUAUUAUUCGAAGGCUGCCCAAAGGGGGUGUGCUACAUGCGCACGACAUGGCCUUGGGUAGUACCGAUUUGAUUGUGAAUGCCACCUAUUUGGAGAAUUUGUGGCAGAAGGGGAACUUCGGAUUAAACCACGGGCCAGAGUUUAAAUUUUCCAGAGAAAGCCCUGGAAAGGAAUGGUCGUUAGUGUCGGAAAUACGUCAGUGGAUGACAAAUGAGGUUUACGACGCUAAGGUGGCCGAGGUAUUCAGUCUAUACAAUGCAGAUCCGUUGAAUGCCUACAAAAGCUUGGAUAACGUGUGGAGCAAAUUCCAAAACCUAUUCGUGUGCCUCGCACCGCUGAUCACAUACGCCCCGGUGUGGAGACAGUAUUAUCACGACUCUUUGAAGCAAUUUUACGACGACCAUGUGCAAUAUUUGGAAUUCAGAGGAGUUCUUCCGGAGGUUUACGAUUUGGAUGGGAAAGUUUACAGUGCGGAGGAGAUUGUUCAGUUGUACUACGAAGAAACAGAGCAAUUCAAAGCAAAAUACCCAGAUUUCAUCGGUGUCAAGUUCAUCUACGCUCCGGGUCGCUAUGCGACUGAUGAAGAGUUCCAGAAGCUUUUGGACACUACCAAUCGUCUACACAAAAAGUUUCCCAAUUUCUUAGCAGGGUUCGACUUGGUCGGACAAGAAGAUCCGGGAAGGUCACUGUUUGAAUUCGCUCCAGCACUGCUGAAGCUUCCAGCAUCGAUCAACUUUUUCUUCCACGCUGGUGAAACCAAUUGGUAUGGAAUGAAAACCGAUCAGAAUUUGGUCGACGCAGUUCUGCUGGGCACAAAGCGCAUUGGCCAUGGAUUUGCUGUUCUGAAACACCCCAAAGUGCUCAAGGAGAUAAAACGUCGCCAGAUUUGCAUCGAAAUCAAUCCCAUCUCGAACCAAGUGUUGAAACUGGUCCAGGAUCAAAGAAACCAUCCAGCCGCCCUACUGUUUUCGGACAACUACCCGGUGGUGGUAUCUUCGGAUGAUCCUUCAUUUUGGCGGUCAACACCAUUAAGUCACGACUUCUAUGUGGCAUUCACUGGAAUUGCAUCAGCCAAACAGGAUUUACGAUUGCUGAAGCAACUGGCUCUGAACUCGAUCGAGUACAGUGCCAUGAACUCGGAGGAGAAAACCGAAGCCAAAGAAAAGUGGAACAAAGCGUGGGAUCAUCAAAUCAGCGGUCUAGCAGUGGAUAUUGUUGCUGGGAAAAUAUAAUAAAUAUGGAUUAUGAAAUCGUGUGAGGUAUCCACAAUAAAGAUAUAAAUAAACACAAA